CGAGCGGAGCGGCGAGGGGUGGGGCCGCGUCGGAGCGAAGACAACAAAGGGUGGCGGGCAGCGGGCGGCGGGUGGCGGUGACUGCGUCUCCCGGUUCUCCGCUCAGGCCGCGCCCCCGGACCUGCCAGCCCCGCUCCAGAUGAAGUGUGAGCACUGCACACGGAAGGAAUGUAGUAAAAAAACAAAAACCGAUGACCAAGAGAAUGCAUCAGUCGAUGUACCAAGUCCAGCCCACGAGAAUGGAGAGAAAGGAGAAUUCCAUAAAUUGGCUGAUGCCAAGAUAUUUCUGAGUGACUGCCUGGCCUGUGACAGCUGUGUGUCUCCAGAGGAAGGAGUCCAGGUUUCCCAGCAGAACGCCAAGGACUUCUUGCGAGUUCUGAACCUUAACAAGAAAUGUGAUACCUCAAAGCACAAGGUGCUGGCAGUGUCGGUAUGUCCUCAGUCUCUGCCUUAUUUUGCUGCUAAAUUCAGCCUCAGUGUGACUGAUGCAUCCAGAAGACUCUGUGGCUUCCUCAAAAGUCUUGGGGUGCAUUAUGUCUUCGAUACAACAAUCGCUGCAGAUUUCAGCAUCCUGGAGAGUCAAAAAGAAUUUGUGCGUCGAUUCCGCCAGCACAAUGAGGAAGAGCCCACGUUACCCAUGCUGACCUCUGCCUGUCCUGGCUGGGUCCGAUAUGCUGAGCGGGUGCUAGGUCACCCUGUCACCCCCCACCUCUGCACUGCCAAGUCUCCCCAGCAGAUUAUGGGAUCCCUGGUGAAGGAUUACUUUGCCAGACGGCAGAACCUGUCCCCAGACAAGAUUUUCCAUGUCAUCGUGGCCCCUUGCUAUGACAAGAAGCUGGAGGCCCUUCAGGAAGAUGUUCUCACGGCCUCGAGGGGUUCUCGGGGCAUUGACUGCGUGCUAACCUCAGGUGAAAUCACUCAGAUGAUGGAACAAAGCGACCUCUCGGUGAGAGACGCUGCUCUGGACACUCUGUUUGGAGACAUGAAGGAAGAGGAGGUUAGACGCCAUGACGGAGCCAGCUCUGACGGAUACCUGGCGCACAUCUUCAGACAUGCGGCCAAGGAGCUGUUCAACGAGGACGUGGGGGAGGUCACCUACCGCGCCCUGAGGAACAAAGACUUCCAGGAGGUCACCCUUGAGAAGAGCGGGGAGGUUCUCUUGCGCUUUGCUGCUGCUUAUGGCUUUCGAAACAUCCAGAAUGUGGUCCUAAAGCUGAAGAAGGGCAAGUUCCCGUACCACUUUGUGGAGGUCCUCGCCUGUGCCGGGGGGUGCCUUAACGGCAGAGGCCAAGCCCAGACCGAGGAUGGGUGUGUGGACAAGGCCCUGCUGCAGAAGAUGAAAGGCAUCUACACUGACAUCCCCGUGCGGCUCCCGGAGACCAGUUCCCAUGUGCAGGAGCUGUACCAGGAGUGGCUGGAUGGCACCGACUCCCCCAGAGUCCAGGAAGCCCUGCAUACUGCGUACCAGGGCCCAGGGCAUCCUGCUAACAGCCGAGACAUCAAGUGGUGA